UUUCACACUCUCACAAACAUGCUUGAGAUUAUUUGGGGACAUCUGACCCAUAGUUGCUGCAAACACAUUUACUAGAGAGUUGCCACCUGUGAUGUCUGAAUUAUAUUCUUUUGUUUGUAUUUUAGAUUUUAAAACAUAUGUUAAUGCAGGCUGAGGAAUUCUGGGAGUUGAAGUCCUCCAGGCUUAAAGUUGCCAAGGUUGGAGACCCCUGUGUUAAUGGAUGCUUAUUUUCAUUUUUAAUGCUUGUUGCUCUACUGCCUUUAUUAACUAUUUAAAUGUUUUAUGGCAAUUUCCAUGACAUUUACAGUAGUUGGUGUAUUAAAAGAUUAAUAAAAUCUAUAACAGUACAGUGGGAAAUAUUUGAGGACAUUAUCUGUGCCACUCAGACUGGAACCACACCAUAACCUGGUUCAACUGGCUUUUGCUUCAUGUGUUGGGUAAACCCAGUGGCUGAUUUGUAAAUAAUGACUUAUGGUUUAAUGCAAAGGUCUCCAACCUUGGCAGCUUUAAGACUUGGGGACUUCAACUCCCAGAGUUCCUCAGUCCACAACUCUUAAAGUUGCCAAGGUUGGAGACCCCUGGUUUAGUGUAUUAUGCAAACUAGCUACUAUCAUCUAGUCAAAAAGGUUAAGUUGGUUAAAACACCAAGUGUGAGUCCAGCCUCAGAGUCAUCUGCAGCCCAGAUCUAUAAGGUGGAAAGAGAAUUGGUAAUAGAUAAAACAUGUCAACAACUUUAAAUAACUAAAGAAGCAUGCCAUCUUCUUUCUUAGAAGAUACAUUGAUAGUUCUCUUCAUAUAUGAUACUCUGACCUAUUGACUUAUUACAUUUAUAUGCCACCAAACUAACUUUCCAUUACAAUUGGGAAGACCCGAGUUUGAAGAUGGCUGCCCAUGGCUGCCUGCCCGUUUAAGGAUGGUUCCUUCUGGAACCAGAUUUCAUUGCCACUUCCUUCACUUGCUCAACCAUUCAGCUGGCUGUUUUUUCCAUACUUCCGUAUUUUGAAUUGUGUGCAGCAUACUGAACAAUUUACAUCUGAAUGCAGUGUAAAAUAGAUAAGUAAAUAAGUUUAGCUCAUACAUCCCAGUAACCCUUUUUUCAAUCUCCACCAGUGGUGGAAUUCAAAUGUUGUUUUUUUUACUACUGGUUCUGUGGCUUGGUGGGUGUGGCGUGGUGUGGCGGGCAUGGCUUGGUGAGUGUGGCAGGGGAAGGAUACUGCAAAAUUGCCAUUCCCACCCCAUUCUGGGGCGAGCCAGAAAUGGUAUUUCCCGGUUCUCUGAACUACUCAAAAAUUCUGCUACCGGUUCUCCAGAACCUGUCAGAACCUGUUGAAUUUCACCCCUGAUCUCCACGCAACAUUACACUUAUUGUUUCCUUAUCUAAUUAUUCUUCUCCAACUUUUUAGUCUUUCCAGUUUCACUGUCCUUCUAAACAUGUUAAAUUGGACAGGUAAACUGAAGAAUUCACAUCAUGUUUGGAAACCACUCUGCUAACUACUACAGGAAGGUAAAUCCCCUCUCCUGGCUUCCCCUCUUUCUCUUACAGCAGUUAACUCUUUAUUUCUGGUUUUUUAGAAAGUUCACCUCCCUUAAGGGACCUAUCAGACUAAACAUCACUAAACAAAGUAUAUUCUGAAAACAAUAUUACAGAAAAAACAGACAUUAGCAUUAAGUUUAAAACAGCCCAGCACCAUUAAAAUAUUUACUGUACCUCAGAAUAAAAGGCAUGAUUCUGACACACAGGCAGCUGCUUUGUUGGAGGCAAAGCAAAUACCUGACAGCACAAAUCUUUUGGACAGUCAUAACUGGCUUGGAAACAUCAAUUUCAAACAUACAGGGAGGGUGCAUUAAGGCUGUGAUGAAGGAAAGUCACUUUAUACAAGAUUAAAUUUAGGAAGGUAUUGUUAGAUGGAAGUUUCAGUAAUAAUGAAACGUCCAAGGGCAAGAGACCAAGAACUCUGAGCUCUCCGACAUUAUUUCGCAAUCCCAGCCAGUUUACCUACCAGGCAAAGAUGCUCCACAGUCCUGGCGGAAGCGGAACUAAGGGAAAACACUAUUUACACAAAUUGAAGGUUUUUUUAAAAAAAAUAAUUUUUAUUAAACAGUUUUGUCUUUAAAAACAACCACAAAUACAUAAAAACAAAACAAAGCACAACAAACAAUACAUACCAGAGGUGGGUUUCAGCAGGUUCUGACCAGUUCUGGAGAACCGGUAAAGGAAAUUUUGAGUAAUUCAGAGAACCGGUAAAUACCACCUCUGACUGGCCCAUCAAUUCUCUGCCUCCCGAGUCCCAGCUGAUCAGAACAAAAUGGGGAUUUUGCAGUAUCCUUCCCCUGCAUUGGGGAGGGAAUGGAGAUUUUACAGUAACCUUCCCCUGCCACGCCCCCAGAACCGGUAGUAAAGAAUUUUGAAAUCCACCGAUACAUACCAUCUAAGAGUCAUUUUACAGCUUUCUCUAUUGGCAUACGUAUUUUGCUUUUGUUGUUCUCUAUUCUAUCCUAUCUAUUUACUUCUCGAAGGGAGAAGUUUUAUUUACGGGGGCCUAUUGUUAGCAGUGUUAGAGAUACAGUAUUGAGCAGAUGCCCAGUGAAUCUAACAAAAGUUACGUGUUAAUUAUUGCUCUAAUAUCUUUACGAUUAUGAUCUGCUGCUUGGCAGGCGAGGGGUGGGAGGGUUGGACUAGAUCAGGGGUCUCCAAGCUUGGCAACUUUAAAGUUGCCAAGGUUGGGACCCCUGGACUAGAUGACCGUCCAGAUCCAGGUGCAUUCCAACUCUGUUAAUCUAUCUACGGUAAUAAAUGAUUACGAGAUCUCCGUUUACCUAGGAGCAUAAAAUCCCAUGCAAAACCUUUCCUCAGUUUCAGUUAUGCUUUGAAACUUUCACGGUCUCCUCCCCACUUCUGAGCUACCCUCCGGUUUCAGGCAGAACUGCACCACUUCCUGGUUUUACAGUCGGCCACGCAAGGAUCGACUCCUCUCCUGUGCUCCGCGCUCCGGGUUUCUCCAAUCUCUCGGCCGGCUCCGCCCCGCGGCUCCGGUUUCAGCCGCUGCUACAGGGACCCCCAAGAUGGAAACGCAGGGGCUGCCUGCCGCUGCGGAGGCGGCCCAGCCCGAGCCCGCCAUCCAACAACAUGGCGCCGGUGCGGACGACGGGGCUGCUGCCCCCUCAGGGCCUGUUCGCCGACCUCCUCAGCCUCGUGACUCUGCGGGGGCGGCGGCAGCGGGGGCCUGGGGCCUGGACGUGACGUUCCCGGUGCUGCUGCUCCUCGAAGGGAAGCUGCCGGAGCCGCCGCAGCCUCCUCAGCAGUUGCCUCCGCCGCCUCCUGCUAACUCGGGCGGCGCGCCCGCCGCCUUGUCCCCGCCAGCCGGAGGCCCCGGGCAGCCGCCGGAAAGUGACGCUUUAUUGCUGGUGCUUAACUUGGUGCGGGGCGGAGCCUCCGGAAGCCCCUCGCGAGGCUCCUCUCAGGAUUCCCCGCCGGCGCAGCGACCGCGGGAGGGCAAGCCGGGCGGCGAGGCGGGCGGAGAAGUCCAGGCCUCGACGCCGCUCUCGGAAGGCGGCGGGCCUCAGGAGGAAGGCGGCGGCGGCGGCGGCGGCCAGGGGAAUUCCUCCUUUUCGGGCACGUUGACCAUCAACAACCAGAGCCUUCUGGUGCGCUUCGAAAACGGGACGCUUAGCUUCGGAGGACCGGCGCCGGCAGCCCCGCCGCCUGCUCCGGCUCAGCCGAGCGAUGAGGCCGCCGCCCAGCUCCCGGCUGCAUCUCCGCGGGCUCCGGCGUCAUAUCCUCGGCCGGACUCCCACUGCGCCGAGACCUUUUCCCGCAAGCAGCUUCUGCGGCUGCAUCAACUGUCGGCGCGCGGCGGGAGCCCAACCGGCGCUGGGCAGGAGGGCGGAGAGGCCGCGGCCUCAGCAGCUCCGGCUUCCUCGGCUGUCGCAAGCCGGGUGGCGCGUCCCUUCAGCUGCCCGAUUCCCGGCUGUUCCUGGGCUUUCGCCACGGCCUACAAGCUGCGGCGCCACCUGCAUUCGCACGACAAGCUGCGGCCCUUCGCCUGCUCCGCGCCGGGCUGCACGAAGCGCUUCACCACCAUCUACAACCUUCGGGCUCACGGCAGGGCUCACGAGGAAGAGGCGAGGCUCAAGUGCGAGGCUUGCGGACAGCGCUUCCCCAGCGCCGCCCGGCUCGGGGCGCAUCAACGGCGAAGCCACCUGGAGCCAGACCGGCCUUACCGCUGCGAGUAUCCAGGUUGUGAGAGGACCUUCAUAACAGUGAGUGCAUUAUUUUCUCAUAAUCGAGUCCACUUCAGGGAACAAGAAUUGUUUUCCUGCUCCUUCCCAGGCUGUAACAAGCAAUAUGACAAAGCUUGCCGGCUGAAAAUCCACAUGAGAAGUCACACAGGGGAAAGACCUUUCAUUUGUGACUUUGAAGGCUGUGGCUGGUCCUUCACCAGUAUGUCUAAGCUAUUAAGACAUAAAAGGAAACAUGAAGAUGAUAGGCGGUUCACAUGCUCUGUAGAAGGUUGUGGAAAAUCUUUUACAAGAGCAGAACAUUUGAAAGGCCAUAGCAUAACUCAUCUUGGUACAAAACCAUUUGAAUGCCCCGUGGAAGGUUGUUGUGCAAAGUUCUCAGCACGCAGUAGUCUAUAUAUUCACUCCAAAAAACACCUUCAGGAUGUGGACUCAUUGAAGAUGCGCUGCCCUGUAUCCAGUUGUAGCAAAUUAUUCAAUUCAAAGCAUAGUAUGAAAACACAUAUGGUCAAGCAACACAACUUUAGUGCAGAUCUAUUAAAUCAGAUGGAAACCAUUGGUUCCCUUACACCUAGCAACGAACUUGCCAAUUCAGGUCAAAGUGACCUCAGCAAUGUAGAUCUGGUGUCCCUUUUUUCUAGUGUAUCUGGGAACUCCUCUGGAAUUUCAGCUGAUAUGGCUCUAAUAAACUCUGGAAUUCUUACUAUAGAUGUCGCUUCAGUAGGCUCCACGCUUGGAGGCAGUCUGUCUGUAAAUAGCAAUUCCCUUGCUCAGACAGUUGACCCACUGAUUUUAGUGACCAGUAGUGACAUUCCACACAGCUUGGAUAGCUCUCUUUUAUUGGGAACCACCACCACCGUUUUACAGCAAAGCACUUUAAAUUUGGAUGAAGUACAGACAGUGAAUGCAGAAGCCUUAGGCUCUUUAGCAUCUUUGUCAGCGAGAAGUUCCAGUCAAGACUUGCAUGGUUUGACUUCUAGCAAUAACUUGUCAGUAGACACAGCCACUUUAUCCCCUUCCAGUAGCCUUGGUGGAAACAAUACAGCUGAAUUAUUAGCUCCAAAUAAAGCAGAGCAAACUUUGCUUCCUAGCCUGGACGUUGUGGAGCAACAAGAAGGCAGCAAAGUGGUCACUCAGUAUGUGUUCUCCAAUCCUUCAGGAAGUUACAGUGCACAAAAAGAAACUGAUCUAAGCACAGUGACUAGCAGCUCUAUUCCGGAGAGCAGUGGGUCUGCAAGAACAGAUUAUCGAGCUAUUCAGCUUGCCAAAAAGAGAAAACAAAAGGGAAAUGGGAAUGACAUAGGCUCAACUGAUGCUGCUAUAAGAAAAAGCAAAAAUGAUAAAGUUAACUGUUUUAGUCAUGGAAAUCGGUUAUGCAACAGUAUUUUGCCUAAUGGAAAUAUAACAGUAAGAGAUUCUUCGGCUGGCACACAGUUUGUUCAAAUUCAAUUGCUUCAGGAUGAUUCUCCAGGAGAAGGAGAUCUACCCUUCCAGCUCAGUUCUCAAUCUUCCUCCUCACACUCUCAGCUGACAGUAGAUUUACCUGUUCAUAUUCUUCAGGAGCCACACAAUUCUGCUGAAGAAGAUGCCAAUUCUGAUAAUUCCCAGUUUACAGGAAGCACCAUUAAUCUACAAGACCUUGAAUGAUUGUGUUGGAGAUGGAAGCAUUAGAACAUUCAGACACUGAAGCAUCCUGAGAAAUAAGAGUCUUUCCUGCUUUUAAAGGAAAAAGUGAACAAUGGAAGCAUGGUCACCAGUGCUGGGAUACUUGAUGGUUACGUUGCAACAAAAAUCUAGUUCAGUAAAUUUUAUUUGAUAAGGCAAUUGGAGAUCUUGGUAUGUUCUGUCAGAGUCAGGAAAAGAUACAUAUGGCAAAAUUAGAGUCCUGCAUUCGAGUGCAAUGGUGAUAGCCCACAGUGAUUUUAAGAAUAAUUAAAAUUAAUAAUAAUUCUCAAAAUAAUAAAGCUUAGCACUUUUUUUUCUUGAAAUAAACCUCUAAUUAAAUUUUGGGUUUAAAUGAAGGAAUAAGCAGGAAGACCAAUUUAUUUUUGCCAACUGACAUUUUAAAGAGAUAAGAGCAUUAAAAUAAUACCAUACUCAGGGAUAGUAAAGGUUGAAUUAGUAGAGCAAUAUGAUCUCUUGCUCUUGCUAUCUCUAAUUUAGCAUUUUACACUGAACUUGAGAAAGCUGCCUAGCACAUGUUAUUUUUAUCACUUUGGUUAUGUUUACAGUAAUAUAAAACAGUAUUGCCAAUUUGUACAAAGCCACCUUUAUCACAUAUACCUAUCAUGGUGCAUUUUUGGUCAAAAAUAGAUUUUGCUGAUUUCUGUAGAAAUUACUCCCAAAUUAAUGUUGAAAUGAUGGUCUGCUUAUUAUUUACAUGCAGACUGGCUGAAGAAAGUGUUUUCAGUUAGUAUUAGCAUAUAAAAGUAACAUCUUGACCGAAAUGAAAAAUAACAUCUUUAAAUAUAUGUUUUUAAAACACCUAUGUUUUAUUAUAGAUAAUAGAAUUAAUUCAUGUAGACUUUUAAGAAAAAUACUAAGCUAUCAGCUUAGCAGAGAAGUAAGAUGUCAGUGUUUUACAAAAGAAUUUAAGUCUGGAACUUAAAACAUUUUAUUCAUGAUAUGCCACAUGGCAUUAAAAUUAUACAUAUGUACGACUUAGUUAAAAAGUUGUGUGAGCAUUGUUGUUUUUUAUACAAAGAUAU